GCGACCACGUAUAUUUUAUCUCGUUCAUCGAGGUGUCGGCUGUCGGUAUCCCACAGCAGAGCGGUCUUUCUGUAGCUCCAGCUCAAGGACAAGUUGCCAAAAUCUCACAGUAGUGCAUGCGCUUUCUGAUUCUUGAAGCUUGAAAAACUUAACGCUAACCGGCGCUAGAGCAGCGAGAGUUUGUGUUUGUAUUUGCGAACUUUCUUGCUACUCCGCUACUACCCUACUACUUGACCUGCUGAGAAGUUUCGGUGAAGAAUGGCUAGACUUGCACCAACAAUACUGCUCCCUUCUGGUUCAAAGCUUCCAGUCCUUGGCUUGGGCACUUGGAAAUCCGAGCCUGGCAAGGUAUAUGAAGCCGUGAAAACAGCCAUUGAUGCAGGGUAUCGUCAUAUCGACUGUGCCUUUGGUUACAACAAUGAAGGUGAAGUUGGAAGGGCUAUUGAAGAAAUGAUAAACAGGAAAGUUGUGGAAAGGAAAGACCUCUGGAUCACAAGUAAGUGCUGGAACACGUACCAUAGCAAAAGCAAAGCGAUAGAGUGCUGUCAGAUUUCAUUGAAGAAUCUUCGGGUUGACUAUUUGGAUUUAUACUUGAUCCACUGGCCUAUGGGGUACAAGGAAGGAGGAGAUGUUUUCCCGAAGAACGAAAAAGGGGACUUCGAGUACAGCGACGUAGAUUAUCUGGAAACGUGGGAGGCGCUGGAAGAAUUGCAUUCGAAAGGGCUGGUUCGGAAUAUUGGCUUCUCCAACUUCAAUAGUGAGCAGAUCACUCGGGUUCUUGGGGUUGCAAAGAUUAAGCCCAGUGUGCUUCAGGUGGAAUGUCAUCCAUAUCUGAACCAGAGCCAGCUUCUUGAAUUCUGCAAGAAAAAUGAUAUUGUAGUGAUUGCAUACAGCCCGUUGGGUUCUCCAGAUAGGCCUUGGGCAAAGCCAGACGAUCCUUUGUUGAUGGAAGAGCCUACAAUAAAGGCCAUCGCUGAAGCUCACGGAAAGAGCCCGGCACAAGUCCUCCUCCGCUAUCAAGUUGACCGUGGCCUGGCUGUUAUUGCCAAGAGCGUGACAAAGGAGCGCAUAAUUUCUAACUUUGAGAUAUUUGACUUUACACUGACACCUGGAGAAAUUAAAUCAAUCGAUGGCCUUAAUUGCAAUCGCAGAUUGCUCCACCUGAGCUGGAUUGCCAACCACAAGUACUACCCUUUUCAUGCCCCAUUUUGAGAAUCCCCAAAAUGGUGGGUCUCCACUUGUUCUUGCUUGUUUUGCAGCAAGUGCUUCUCAUCACAUGGGCGUGUAAUAAACGGACGAUAUUUCUUUA